UUUUAAAUAAGUAAAUAAGGAUUAACAUAAAGUAAUAACAUUUUUGAUAUAUUCGUUUCAAUUGUAAUCAAAUUUCUAACCAAACUUUUUGUCACACACCCAGCUGACAAGAUAUAACAAUGUUAUAAUUCAACGUGAAUUUACUUACGUUGUAAACGUAAAGAUCGAUUUAUUUUCUACAUAAACAUGUCUUGAUCUGUUUCACUAUUAGUUACGCUUAAACCGUCAGUGAGGAUUCUUUGAUUUAGCAGACUCUGAAAGUCCUAUAAGUAGUAAUGUAGCCAUACCAGUAAUUAUUCAAUAAAUUUUACUCCUAUUACAUUUACGAUGAAUUUUAAGUAUUUUAUGUUAUUUUUAUUAUCAUUAACAACAAAAGUAGCCAGUGAAGAUCAACUUUACCUAUUAAAAAGCGUUCGAACUGAUUAUUUAGAAGAUUAUGAGGGGUAUGCUUUUAUAUCCCUUAUACAUUUUAGUGUCCCCAGUGAUACAGUAUUUGCCUCGUUUCGGUUCCAAGCAGAACAAACUAGUUUUUCAAUCUUUGGCUGUAAUAGUGAUGAAAUUAUACUCUACAUGAAACACGGAUCAAUACCAGUCAUUAACCCUGAUAAUUCCAAGCUACCGCAAGGAUUUUUUAACGCCACAACUUCAAAGUUGAUGUAUCUGGACUUUAGUUCUGACAAAAAGUAUCAUUACAUUAAUAUCACCACUCCAACACCUGGAUCUUAUUACGCCACUGCUUUUCAUCCUUAUAACGAUCCUGAUCAUGAAGCUAUAACGCAAUCGGGUUUAUCGCAAUUUUGUCGGACUUACGUUGAUGCCUCUCUAUUUAUCAAAAAAUCUUUCGUGCUUAAUGUUGGAACGUCUGGAGUAUCUAUGGAUAUGAGGCUAAGCCAAAAUGAAACACAAACUUACAAGUUUUUUAUCCCCAACGGAAAUAAUCGGCUUGUGUUGGUUUUAUCAAACAUAGAGUUUUGUGCGGAUUGUACGGAAUUAUCGGCCAAAAUUUAUUCGGACGUCGAUAAUUUAAAUAGUCAAGGUUUAAUUAGUAUAUCAAAAGCAACGCAUAAAAAUGAACCAAUUUAUUAUCGAUUAAAUACCAUUGAAAAUACUUGGCAGUAUAUCCAGUUUAAUAUUACAUCUAAAAAUAUCCACCAAGAAAAACAAGGAAAAUUAAAAAUGCAAAUAAAAAGUUUUGAAACGUCAAACGCAAAUAUCGCCCAAGAAAAUUAUUACGAAUUAUUUAAAACGAAAAAUUUAUCGGAUUUAUUUGGCGAUCCAAUGUAUAAAUUACUUAGUAACGAAUUAUCGACUAAUCGCGUCCUUUAUAAAGAAUACGAUUUGGUACGAAGUGGAAAAGCUGAAACUUUUUUUUACCAAUUUGAUUUGCAUCCAAAUCCGGACGGUUCAAUACCAAUUUCCGUCAAUUUAACAAGCGAAGAUUACACCACGUUAAGAUUUCGUUUAGACGAAGCCGUAGAUACAGGCGGAACGUUAUCUUUUAUAAUCGCUUUCGCGCCGAGAAUAACAAAAAGCGGACGAUCAAUUAUUAGAACCCCCGAACCUACAUCGCAUCGAGUUGUUGCGUGUAUACGAAAUUCGUUUGUUCAAGUUCCAACAUACCCAGACAAAUGUGUAGAUGGGUUCUUAACAUCCGAUUCUCCUUUAGUUUUAAAUAGUACGAUAACAAACAUUUCCGCAAUGUUGCCGUAUCCGGAUUCCGGAGUUUGGUAUGUGACGCUAAAAUUGUUUUGCGGAGAGUGUGAAAAAUGUACGUGUUCGGAGGAUUGUUUAAAAAUGUAUCAAAAUUGUGUAGAAGCGUGUGAGAACAAAUGUAAAACUGAGGAUUGUACAAGUUGUGGGGAAACAUGUCAUGUUAAGCUGAAACGGGAUAAUUCAAAUUGUACCUCUGAUUGUAAUUGCGAUGGUAGUUGUAAAAAGACCGAAACUAGUUGUAAAACUGGUGUUAUAUUUGAUAUUAGCUCGUACCCUUGUGUACCUGGAGAAUGUGCCAAUAAUGGAAAGUGUCUUUUUAUGGUUUCAGAGGGAAUUGUAUUUUCUACUUGUUUGUGUGCUAAUAAAUAUAAAGGAUAUGAUUGUAGCGAUGGUUCACGCGCAACUCCAUAUGGAAUGCUAGUCCUAGAAAUGACACUUUUAGUGAUAAGUAACGUAGCUUUUAUUCCAGCCGCAUAUAUCGCCUAUAAACGCCAAUACUACGUGGAAGCAAUCGUCUAUUUUUCAACUUUCUUCUUUUCAAGCCUAUACCACGCUUGCGACGCCGGUGAAAGGAUAAUAAGUUUCUGUAUCGUACGUUUAGGAGUGCUUCAAUUCUCCGACUUCUUCUCCGGUUUACUUUCCAUCUGGGUAACUCUUAUUGCUAUGGCAUAUCUACCCCAACCAUACGUUUCGAUCGCUCAUAUGGCGGGUUGUAUCGUCCUGUCUUUUGGAACUACCUUUGAUAAAACCUCGUUGUGGGUAUUUGUUAUACCCAGCGCUAUCGGGGUGGGUAUUUUAAUUGGAAAUUGGUAUUAUUUGAGCAAGAAGAACAAGUGCCUGUUUCCCAAAAAGCGAUAUUUGAAGAUUUAUCUUCCAAUUGGCAGCACUAUUGUAAUCGUUGCUUUACUUGUUUACGCAUUGUUCCAAACGCAAAGUAAUUACAAGUAUUUGCACAGCUUGUGGCAUUUUCUAAUGGCUGUAGGAGUCAUUUGUUUAUUGCCUGACGAGAAAAACUUCUUGCCAGAUAAUGUUCAUUCAAAUUUGGGAUUAGAUACGCAUUCGGAAUGAUUAUUAAAUUGAACAAAAAAGUGAUUAUUUUAGAGGAAUUAUGUUUUUGUUAUUUUUUUUUACCUAUUUUAUUUAUAAGCCUAUAAACAAUAUAAUGUAUUUUGAGGAAAAGUCUUUAAUACCUGUGAUGUUCUUAUCAAUAUUUAACAAAGAAUAUAGUUUUAUUGUAAUAGAGUCAAUAUAUAGUUUGUAAAUCACAUUAUUCAUGUUAAUCAUUACUUUUAUUAAUAAAAAUAUCUAAAAUAAAACACAAAAUAGAAGAAA